AUGGUUUUGUGUUCGAUUUGUGGAAGAAAAAAGGAGGAGAAAUUAUAUACAAUUUUAUUGGAUAGAUAUAGAAAGACUUACCUUGAAUUAAAGAGAGUCGAAGAGAAAAGAUAAUUUCUAAAGAAAAACUAUAAAGAAUAUUGUCAUUUAGGAUGCAUAGUAUUUUUUCUAUAGAAUGUUCAAAUAAUUUAGGAGAAAUAUUAUUUAGCGAGAGAUAAAUGUGUUAUAGACUAUAUAUUUUUUGGAUUGGAUUAUAUACACAAAAGCAAAUAACUUAUAGAUUGUUCUAUUUGUGAUUAAGGUUUAAAUAAUGUGUAAGCUGCUCAAAAGAAAGCUUCAAUUAAUUGUUCUCAUUAUAAAUGCAAAAUGCUUUAUCAUAUAGAUUGCAUAAUUUAAGUUAAAAAAAGAAUUACAUGCACUAAAGCUAGGAUUAAUUUUUAUUGUAAUUAACAUUUUGAUAAAAAUGAACAAUAAGCUGAUUGGAAUCAAUGGGAAUCUAUAGCCUAUAACUUAGUAUUAGAAAAUAUCCAUAUUAAAUAAGAAGAGCCUUAUAGAGGAGAAAGCAAAUAUUUAAUAGUCUCUGUUGAUGAUCCAUUAUAGACAAUUGGAGAAAAAUUAGAUUAAAAUUCCUUUAAAAGAUUGGAUGAAGACUUAACUAAAAAAUUGAAAGUUUAAAAAAAAGAAACAAAGGUUGAAUAAGAAAAGAAGAGAUAGAAAUUUUGGGAUAUAAGCAAAGAUUUUAAAUCCUAAUAUGAAUUUGGUCCAAGACCGAUGUUUUAAAUAGAUUAUUAAGCCAAAAGAAAGGAAGAGAUGUUAGUUGCUAUAGAUGAAGAAGAACAAUAAUAAUAGCCAAUUAAAAAAUCAAUUUUGGAAGAAAUUAUCAUAACAGAAGAUGGAAUUGAAAUUAAUAAAAUAGAAAAACCAAAGAAAAAAGUUAAGCCAGUUUAAAAAGUAUAGGAACAAAAUGUUAAAGUUAAUAACACUUUUUCAAAGAUUAAAACAGAAUAAAUCGAAAUUGAUAAGGAAGAACAAAAAACUUAUUAAUAAACUCAAGAAAAUGGUGAUGUCUCUCUUGAUUAGCUUUUGAGCUUUGUGAGAGAAAAAAAAAAUAGUAUUCCAAUUAUUCCAAAUUAUGUUGAAUAAAGAAAUUAAUAUAGAGAAGUAGUCGAAAAAUAAAAGAAUAAUAAAGAAUAAUAAGAAAAGGAUGAAAUGAGAGAAUUAAAAGAAAUGUAAUAAAUGCUAAAAAAAAAAAUGGAUUUAUUUGAUAAAAGAGUAGAAAUAUAAAAUGAAAAUAAUCAAUAAGUACUUUCUAUAUAAUCAAAUAAUAAUACUAAUCAAAUAAAUUAUAAUAAUAAUAAUAAUCAUAAAAGUGUUUCUAAUGAUUUUAAAAGUGUCAAAACUACUAAUACUAAUCAUAAUAUAAAAAAUGAUAUUGUUGUUAUUAAUCAAAAUAAUAUUAUGAAUGAUUGUAUUAAUUCUAAUCAUAAUAAUAAUAAUCCUAAUAAUGAUAACGAUUUGGAAGUUAAAAAAAAUUUAUAACUCUAAAAAGAGCCUAUAAAAUAAAAAUNCACAAAAGCAAAUAACUUAUAGAUUGUUCUAUUUGUGAUUAAGGUUUAAAUAAUGUGUAAGCUGCUCAAAAGAAAGCUUCAAUUAAUUGUUCUCAUUAUAAAUGCAAAAUGCUUUAUCAUAUAGAUUGCAUAAUUUAAGUUAAAAAAAGAAUUACAUGCACUAAAGCUAGGAUUAAUUUUUAUUGUAAUUAACAUUUUGAUAAAAAUGAACAAUAAGCUGAUUGGAAUCAAUGGGAAUCUAUAGCCUAUAACUUAGUAUUAGAAAAUAUCCAUAUUAAAUAAGAAGAGCCUUAUAGAGGAGAAAGCAAAUAUUUAAUAGUCUCUGUUGAUGAUCCAUUAUAGACAAUUGGAGAAAAAUUAGAUUAAAAUUCCUUUAAAAGAUUGGAUGAAGACUUAACUAAAAAAUUGAAAGUUUAAAAAAAAGAAACAAAGGUUGAAUAAGAAAAGAAGAGAUAGAAAUUUUGGGAUAUAAGCAAAGAUUUUAAAUCCUAAUAUGAAUUUGGUCCAAGACCGAUGUUUUAAAUAGAUUAUUAAGCCAAAAGAAAGGAAGAGAUGUUAGUUGCUAUAGAUGAAGAAGAACAAUAAUAAUAGCCAAUUAAAAAAUCAAUUUUGGAAGAAAUUAUCAUAACAGAAGAUGGAAUUGAAAUUAAUAAAAUAGAAAAACCAAAGAAAAAAGUUAAGCCAGUUUAAAAAGUAUAGGAACAAAAUGUUAAAGUUAAUAACACUUUUUCAAAGAUUAAAACAGAAUAAAUCGAAAUUGAUAAGGAAGAACAAAAAACUUAUUAAUAAACUCAAGAAAAUGGUGAUGUCUCUCUUGAUUAGCUUUUGAGCUUUGUGAGAGAAAAAAAAAAUAGUAUUCCAAUUAUUCCAAAUUAUGUUGAAUAAAGAAAUUAAUAUAGAGAAGUAGUCGAAAAAUAAAAGAAUAAUAAAGAAUAAUAAGAAAAGGAUGAAAUGAGAGAAUUAAAAGAAAUGUAAUAAAUGCUAAAAAAAAAAAUGGAUUUAUUUGAUAAAAGAGUAGAAAUAUAAAAUGAAAAUAAUCAAUAAGUACUUUCUAUAUAAUCAAAUAAUAAUACUAAUCAAAUAAAUUAUAAUAAUAAUAAUAAUCAUAAAAGUGUUUCUAAUGAUUUUAAAAGUGUCAAAACUACUAAUACUAAUCAUAAUAUAAAAAAUGAUAUUGUUGUUAUUAAUCAAAAUAAUAUUAUGAAUGAUUGUAUUAAUUCUAAUCAUAAUAAUAAUAAUCCUAAUAAUGAUAACGAUUUGGAAGUUAAAAAAAAUUUAUAACUCUAAAAAGAGCCUAUAAAAUAAAAAUAAAUACCUAAUGCUGAUAUGAUUGAAAAUGACCAACAAAAAUCUAAAUAAACUAAAAUUGAUGAUUAUUCAAGCAUGUCCGCCACAGAACUCUUAAAUUUUUUAUUAAAAAAUUAAUAAAAACAAAAUAGAACAAAGAAUCGUAGAAAAAAUGAAACAACAAGGGCACUUUAAGCCUAACAUGAAAUCAUUUAUUAUCCACAACCUGAUGAAGCCUGGGAAGAAAACCUAGAAGGAUGGUGGAAUAAGGUUGAAGAAACAUAUUUUAAUCCAAAAUCAGAUAUCUACUCAACAAUAGAAAAAUUCAAAAAAAUAAAAGAUACUGAUAAACAAUUUCAAGAAUACCUGAAAGUGCUUUAUGAAAUUAGAAACGGUAACAUAAUAUAUGCUGAAUAUAGUCUACAAGAUGAUGAAUUAUAUGAUCCAAAAUUUUAAGAGGAUUAAGAAUACAAUUAUAACUUCAAAAUUUUUAAAAACAAAUUUUAUACAUCAGAAAAUGAUGAGGAUAUUUAUGACAGAUCCUCUUAAAAACUAGUAUUAGAAAAUUUAACUGUUAUAGAGUUAUAAAGGUAACCAGAAAAUUCUGUUUUUGAUUAAUUCUCAAAUUAAAAAGAUAGUUAAGUAUAUGUGGAUUAUUAUUUUGAGAAAUAUUAUGAAAAUGAACUCGAAAAAUUGAAAGCUUAGAAUUAAAUAGAUAUUAAUUAUUUGAAUUAGUAGUCUAUAAAGGAGCAGGCAAAAGUAUCUAUUAGCAAGUAAGGACAUGUUUAAUUAGACAAAUUGCGUUAUUAUUAAUUAUUGAAAAACACCAGGUUGGGAAUGAAAUAAAUAACAGAUGAUGAACAUUAAAUGAUUAUUAAAAAAAAAAUCGAUCUAUUAAGUAGUUUAAGAACAGAUAAUUUCUUCGGAAAAUGCAACCCUUCUUAAUUAAAAUAGGGCUAAAAGGAUGAGUUAGCAAGAGAAACAUGUUGUAAAGUCUGUUUUAAUUAUUAAUUAAUUUAAUUGGAUAGUAAUAAUGAUUUAUCAUACUGUGGCACUUGUUUAGCAACUUUUCAUAAACAUUGUUAUAACACAACUGAUUAAUUUGAAAAUUGUGAUCAGUGUAAAUCUUAAAACAAUUCAUAGGUCUGUUAUAUUUGCCAAAAAAACUAUUCAGGAAUACCUCUAAGAGAGAUUGACUAAUAUUGGGUUCAUAUAACUUGUGCUUUACUAUGUGGAUUAUUAGAAUUUAAUUAAACGUAGUUUAAACUAAAAAAAGGUAUAGUUAAAUAAUCCUAGAGUCCUUGUAUGAUUUGUGAGGAAAAAAUUGGAGUUUAGUUGUCAUGUAAGGAAUGUGAUAAGUAAAUGCAUUUGUUUUGUGCAUUUUUCUGGGGGUUUGAAAUUAAAAUAUAAACAUAACCAGACUGCCUUGAUCCAUAUAUUUCAACAAAUUUCUUAUGUCCUUAGCAUUUUGAAUAUAAUGAAAAAGAUAUCUUUAAGCAAAUAUACUAUAGAUGGCAUGGGAUAAAUUAUAAUUAAGCUGGAUGCUUUGAAACAUUAGAAAAUUUCAUAAAAUGUAAGUUAAUCGCACAUUAGAAAGUAAUAAAUAGAAUUCAAUAUAUGAUAUAAAUUUGA